UUGUGUGUAGUUUCUUUGUUUAGAAAUAUUAAAAUAAAAUAUUAAUUUAAAAUAGAAAUGUCUAACGAGAAAACGUUAGACUUAGAAUACGUGAACGAAAGUUUCCAAAAAAGCUUAAAAGAAGAUGACGACGUGAUAAUAGACGCUUAUAUUGAGGGUUACAAUGAGCUCGUUAAGUUCUUGAAUCUAAUCGGAACAGUGUUUUCGUUCGUGAGUAGCGAUGUGAAGAGUAAAAUAAAAGUAAUGGAGAAACUGAGGGCAGGCGAGGAUACGCUUUACUAUGAAUCGUUUAAAAAAAUGAUGAAGUAUGAAAAAGAAACUAGCUUGCAUGAGAAAAAUGGAUUUGUGUCUGGUUCAAGGACGAUGUUGCGGUUGCAUAGAGGUUUAGAUUUUAUACGCCUCUUCCUCAAGAGACUGAGUGAGUCAGAGGAGGGAGUAAAUACCUGCACCACUUGCCAGGGCUCUUACAAUGAGACCCUUGCUGAGUUCCACCCUUGGUACAUAAGAAAAGCUGCCACCUUGGCCAUGCAUGCCCUACCUUCAAGACCAGACUUAUUGCAUAAGAUUUUCGGCGACGAAGAAAAAUUAAAAGAGGCGCUCGCGGUUUUGCCGCAGACGUUAAAAUCUUGUGACGAAGUCUAUCAACGCGUCGAGAACCUCUACACAGACUUCGAUUUCCAUAGUUUGCCUUAGACCAAUUAAUUUUUGAUAUAUUUAAUUUGUAAAGCGUAUAAAAUAUAAGCUUUGGUUUUAUACAGGGCGAGUCUAUGAACACAGCCCUUAACAACGUGGGAGAUGAAUUUUGACGACAUUAAUUGCAAAAUUCAUAAUCCUAAUCCUCAGGAAAAAAUAUAUAAUAACUAGAUAUUUUAUGGGACUGCAUAUUAUCUAGUAGGUAAAUAUGUGAACGAAGGUUUAAAUACUAUACUAUAUCUGUUGACAUUUUGAAAUGAUUGCUGAUGAAGCUAUUGAAAGGCCGUUUGAUAUUUUUAUAAUUUUUAUUAGCGUUUUUACCUACAGUUGGAGGAAUAAUCAAUUUUAUAAAUUUUAGCAAUGUGUCAUCUCUUGUUUCAAA